AUGGCGGAUGCGACUACAAAGGAUGAUAAAGAUGCCCUCGAUGCCCUCGAGCUAGAGGCCAAGGAAUUCGACAAGGAUGCCGAGAUUGACCGGAUCCUCAAGGCAUUCCGCCUCGAUGCAUACGCCGUUCUAGACCUGCAGCCCGGUGUCCCGGAAUCAGACAUCAAAGUGACAUACCGCAAGAAAUCCCUCCUCAUCCACCCCGACAAGACCAAGAACCCGCGCGCGCCCGACGCCUUUGACCGGCUGAAGAAGGCCCAGACGGAGCUCAUGGACGAGAAGCACCGCGAGCGCCUCGACGAGGCCAUCGCCGACGCCCGCAUGCUGCUCAUCAGGGAGAACAAGUGGACCGUCGACAGCCCCGAGCUCAAGACGGACGAGUUCGCCAAGAAGUGGCGCGACAAGACGCGCGAGGUGCUCAUCGACAACGAGCACCGCAGGAGGCGCCAGAUGAAGGCCCAGCUGCAGGAGGAGGGCAGGGAGCAGCGAAGACAGGACGAGGAAGUUGAGGAUCGCAAGCGCAAGAGGCAGCAUGAGCAGGAUUGGGAGGCGACGAGGGACGUCAGAAUUAAUAGCUGGCGGCAGUUUCAGAAGGGCAAGUCGGGCGGCGAUGACAAGAAGAAGAAGAAGAAGCUUAAGCCGAUUGGUUGA